UGGGGCCGAGGCUGCUUAUCGCGUCACCAUUACGCGAAUGAGGAGCAGCUGUCGGACACGUCCAGUAGUCGGCAUGAGUGGUGCGGACGUGAAGAAGCACCCGGUAAACGAGCUGAAGGAGCAGCUAGACAUCCGGGAGGCUUCCGCGGAGGGAGCGGGACUUAGCGGCGGGGAUCCCGGUUUCGCAGUGUGUCGUCAUGCAGAUAAGGAAGAUGAAAAUGAGCUCCUAGAAAUGGAGACCGGGCAAGGUGGAGAGAUCAAGGAGGAGGGAGGUCAAAAGUUCAACCCCCACAUGGGAGGUUUUGAUCACCAAGCUGGUGAAGAAAGCCUGGAGAUUUUGGGAGACCAUCGGUCUAAACCAGAUGUAGGGAUGCAUCCUGGUCAGCAGCCUUGGUUUGACGUGAAAGCAGAGUUGAAAACGGAGGAGGAAGAGGAAUCUGGGCAGCCAGAUGAAUGUCAUCAAGCACGGGGGUCGGUUGAUGACUGGGAGGAGGAAGAGGGCACCAAGGAAGUGCGGUACGGCCGCAAGAGGCCGUUUAAGGAGGACAGUGCACACAGCUACUAUGAGCACUGUGAAGACAAGAGGUCCCGGUACCCCCCGCCUCCGGCGGAAGAGGACGAAGAGGACUUUGAUGACUCCCUGGUGACUAUUGACACCUAUAACUGUGAUUUGCACUUCAAGGUUUCCCGUGACCGGUACAGUGGCUACCCCCUGACCAUCGAGGGCUUUGCGUACCUGUGGUCUGGAGCCCGGGUCUCGUAUGGGGUCAGCAGUGGUCGCAUCUGCUACGAGAUGAAGAUAAAUGAGGAAAUUUCAGUGAAACAUUUGCCGAGCAGCGAGCCAGACCCUCAUGUGGCGAGAAUAGGCUGGUCUCUGGAUUCGUGUAGCACACAGCUUGGUGAGGAAGAUUUCUCAUAUGGGUAUGGGGGAACCGGGAAGAAAUCAUCUAACUGUAAAUUCGAGGAUUAUGGAGAAAAGUUUGGCGAGAAUGAUGUCAUCGGAUGCUUCAUAGACUUUGAAAGCGGUGACGAGGUGGAGAUGGCCUUCUCGAAGAACGGGAGAUUUCUAGGUGUGGCCUUUCAUGUGGCAAAGGCAGAGCUUGCUGGACGGUCGCUUUUCCCUCACGUCCUCGUCAAAAACUGCGCUGUUGAGUUCAACUUUGGCCAGCAGGAGCAACCCUUCUUCCCACCCCUAGAGAACUACACCUUUAUCCAACAUGUCCAGCUGGGGAACAGGACACGGGGGGCGGUUGGCCCAGCCACCAGAUCUGACUGUGAGAUCUUGAUGAUGGUGGGCCUACCUGCAUCAGGGAAGACCACAUGGGCCAUCAAGUAUGCUCUGGAGAACCCUGAGAAGAAGUACAACAUUCUGGGAACAAACUCCAUCAUGGAGAAGAUGAAGGUCAUGGGUCUUCGUCGACAGAGGAACUAUGCGGGGCGCUGGGACAUCCUGAUCCAGCAAGCCACACAGUGCUUGAACCGGUUGAUCCAGAUUGCUGCUCGCAAGAGGCGCAACUACAUCCUGGACCAGACGAACGUCUAUGGAUCGGCGCAGAGACGGAAAAUGCGCCCUUUUGAAGGUUUCCAGCGCAAAGCUGUUGUGAUCUGUCCAACCGAGGAGGACCUGAAAGAACGAACAAAAAGGCAGACCGAAGAGGAGGGAAAGGACGUGCCUGACCACGCGGUGUUGGAGAUGAAGGCGAACUUCGUUCUCCCUGAGCCUGGUGACGUCCUCGACGAGGUGCUGUUUAUGGAGCUCCAGCACGAGCAGGCCGCCCUGCUGGUGAAGCAGUAUAAUGAGGAAGGCCACAAGGCGGGACCGCCGCCUGACCGGCGCCACGAGGGCCGGCAGGCUGGUUACCGUGGUCGUGGCGGAUACCAGCGUUAUGAGAACCGCGCCGGGCCCCCGGGAGGCUACCAGAACCGUGGCGGGGGCUUCCGGGGGGGGUACAACUGUGGUGGCAACCACCAGCAGAACCGAUGGAGCAAUCACCGGGACAGCGCCUCUGGUGGCAGGGAUGGCUACGGACGCAAUUAUUCUGGAGGCUACAGUCACAGCCGACCGGGUCCUUAUGCCAAAGGAGUGUACAGUCAGGGCUACAGCCAGGGCUACAAUCAAGGCUAUGAGCAAGACAACUACAACCCUGGUUACUAUGGCAGCUACAGCCAGUAUCCUGGAUACGAGCAAAGCUACAGUGAGCCUUCAGCACAUGCCUACAAUCAGCAGCCGAACUACAAUCAGCAGUACCAGCAGUAUGCACAACAAUGGCAGCAGUACUACCAGAAUCAGAGCCAGUGGAACCAGUACUACGGCCAGUAUGGCGACUACUCCAGCCAGGGCUCCCAGGGCAGUCAAGGUGGGCGUUAGCCCCGCCCCCCUCGGACCCCGGGCCAGCUGUCCUUGGGGCUGCUGGCAUCUCGUGGGCUUGCUCAGCGCAGGGGGUGUUUCACAAAGCAAGAUUUCUCAGUUAGGUGUGUUACCUUAAGCUUGAAAUUGUGAUCGUCCAAUAGGAAUGCUUCUUACUUAAACUCUUAUUGGACAGUCAUGACUUCUAGAUUAAGUUAACCCAUCUAACUGAGAAAUCUUGCUUUGUGGAACACCCCCCAGCUCCGCACUCUUGUCCAUCUGUCUUCCGUGUUCUUGUUCCUCCUGCUUUGUGUUCCAGACUAGUCGCGGUUCACCCCACGCUGUCGGCGGGUUUGCCGUGCGUCCGACCACUCGGCCCACAGUUAGGAUGGGACAUGCCCACUGCUCUGGCUCUCUGUCUAGCUCCUACUCGGUUCCACCAACUUUUACUCUUGAAACAUUAGCUUUGGUGUCUUUACAAAUAAUGACCUCAAAAAACAAAAGAGGAAGAAAAAAAAAAAAAACUGCAUAGAGCGUGACCCCCCCUAGAUAAUGGAUCUGCCAGAGGUGGAAAUUUCAGGUCCAGAAAGUAAAAAUCCAGAACAAGAUUUUCCAUCUCUGCAAGCCGCCCACAUGGUUACAUCCCUGGUACAGGGGUAGCAGACAGUAGCCAUUCCAGGUGACCUCAGCGUUCCAGUCCCAGUGCGGGGGCGACCGCCACUGUCCCUGAUUACGGAGCGCCCAUCUCAGAUGCGUCCUUUCUUUUUAAGGUUAAGUUCAUUACCGAGGGCUGGGUUCCAGGCCCAUCUUCUGCUGCACUGACAUAGGUAGAAGAAUGUCUAUAGUGGACAUUCGCAGAGUCAAGCCUGUAAAUCAGUGUAUUGUGAAGAAAUUAACCCACAGUUGCAUCUUUUUAAAAACAUAAUUUAUGUGAGCAAUAUAUGUAUCCAGGGGUGUUGGAGGGGUGUGGAUACCCUGGCAGAUUCAGGGGGGCCAGGCAUUUUACAGGGACCCUGGAAUACGUAAAAUUAUUAAAUUAUAUCAUGUAAGGGACAUGGGAGGGGGCAAAAUGUUUAGCUAAGCCUCUGUGUAUAUAUUUAUAUAUAUAUCACUAUUCCUAUAUCGCAGUUCCCAUGAUUUUCAGUGUUAACUAUUGUUUACUAGUUUUGUGGUAGUUUUGCGUUAAGUACUAAAUCUAUUAAAUGUGACAUUAUUGCC